AGAAGCACAAGGUUUAGGGGCAAUUUUCCGAUUUGCUUACAGUAGUACUUUUUUUGCCCUUUGUUGUCAUGGUAAAUAACAUCCGCCAAUAAUACUUUUGAGAUAUCGUUACCGACGUGAUACUCAUAUCAAAUUGUGGUGACGCAGUAUGUUUCUAUAAAGACCCGUCGGACCUCUUCAAUACUACAAUUGUCGAGACAACGGGGUGUGUCGAUCGGUGCGUCUGCGAUAGGCUAAGCGUUGACGCAAAGCGUUGAUUGUAAGGUUGCAUUUGAGAAUGAAUAUGUGAAAUAGUCGUGCAUACUGUAGUCAUUAAGUUCAAUGCUUGAAAGAAUAUACGUUCUUGAAAAUCCGUGCAUACGAAGCCACCCCUGUUCUCAUUUUAUGGUUUUCUCCAGCUUAAAUUAUGCAGGGAGAAGUUGUUGAACUGGUAUGACGUCACAAUGGCUCGUUCCCCUCAGGACAUCUCCACCUCACAAUAUGGAGAGGAAGUCGUCUGCAUGACACAACAGUAAAGAACUGAACACCAAACGCCGGGAAAGAACUCCACCUUUUGGCGUACAUCCGCGGUUUGGACGCCCGCCGCCCGAUGUUCACACACACGUUCGUGUCCAAUACGGUCAGCAGGGCUUCCAGUAGGGAGUACCUUCAUCCAAAUGACAGCAACAACGUCAACGGGAUCCGUGGCUCAUACGAGAAACUCCCUAGUGAGAGCGGGACCCACUCCGACACGGCGUCCACAGGCUACAGCACGGGCAGUGUCACGUCUCUGACCUCCAUCUCUCCCGUGCCGUCCCCGCACGACACCCUCACCCGACCCCGCAGGCCCAGGCCCAGGAGCGCCAUGGCCGACAAUACCUUCAGCUGGGGAGGCAAAUCCCCCGACGGUUACCAUAACGGACCCAUCCCAAUGGAGCUCAUCACCAAAGCAGUUAAGGAGUUUGAUUCCCUGAGAUGGUGCUACGAACAGAACCAGAGACAGUAUAUGGAGGUUGUGGGAAAAUUGCAGGAAACUCAAUCGGAGCUGAGCAAGUUAAAAAGAGCUUCCCGGUUCUUGGUGGAUGACUACGAGACGAUCCAGACACAGCUGGAGGUGCAGGAGAGCUGCAGGAUAGAGGCGGAGAGAUACGCAGCAAAGAUGGUUCAAGAGAACAAGGUUUUGAAGCGAGUGAGUCAAGGCUUCCUUUUGGAGCACGGAGGGAAGGUGCCCAUUAACGAGAACCGCCACGAGCCCACGGAAAUCAGCGAACUCAACAGCCGGAUAUCUGCUCUGACCGCCAUAGUAGGGAAGCUACGCAGCGAUCUGACGGUGGCCAAUGACCGCGCACACUGCGCAGAAAAGGAAGCCAGAGAGUUUAAAGAAAAGUAUGAGGAAGAACGGGCGGAGCAUAAUGAAGCAAAAGUACGGGUGUCGUCCUUGGAAGAGGUAGUCAAGAAAUUCAAACGGGUGUCCACCAUGGUUGUGGAGGAGUACGAAGAUCUGCAGCAGACACUGGAGGAGGAGAAAGACUUCAGGAUACAUGCAGAGGAAUAUGCCUAUAAGAUUCGUAAGGAGAGGAAUGCGCUGCGACACAAGAGUGCCAUUUUGGAAGGUGGAGUGACCAUGGAUGACCGACUGAUGGCCGCACUGGACAGAUACGUCACCUUGAGGAUGAACUUGCAGAAGCAGAACGUGUUGAAAAGGUCCGUUCAUUAGAGAAGCAACUGGAGAAUUCAGGUGACAUAGGGAUGGUGGAGAGAUUACAGUCUGGCAUCACCAUGGCAACAGGUGACCCAGGAAGGGGAGACAGAGUACAGUCUGGCAUCACCAUGGCAACAGGUGACACAAGGAGGGGAGACAGAGCACAGUCUGGCAUCACCAUGGCAACAGGUGACCCAGGGAGGGGAGACAGAGACAGAGUACAUUCUGGCAUCACCAUGGCAACAGGUGACCCAGGGAGGGGAGACAGAGUACAGUCUGGCAUCACCAUGGCAACAGGUGAUCCAGGGAGGGGGGACAGAGUACAGUCUGGCAUCACUAUGGCAACAGGUGACACAGGGAGGGGAGACAGAGUACAGUCUGGCAUCACCAUGGCAACAGGUGACACAAGGAGGGGAGACAGAGUACAGUCUGGCAUCACCAUGGCAACAGGUGACACAAGGAGCGGAGACAGAGUACAGUCUGGUAUCACCAUGCCAACAGGUGACACAGGGAGGGGAGACAGAGUACAGUCUGGCAUCACCAUGGCAACAGGUGACACAAGGAGGGGAGACAGAGUACAGUCUGGCAUCACCAUGGCAACAGAAGAAUCCAGCCAGAUGCAGAGAAGAGCGACUGAAGCUGAGUCCAAGGUGAAGGAGCUGGAGAAGCAAGUUGAAGAGUUGAGGAAGAAGCUGGCGGCACCUCCUGCAGCACCACCCCCUCCUCCACCACCCCCACCUCCGCCACCACCACCCCCUCCCCCUCCGAACCCCAUGAAGGUUUUUGGCAACAUCCUUGGCAAGAAGCGGCCAGCGGGUCUCCCAAAGAAAGACGACCCCCGUGACAAGGCCAUGGCAGAGAUGAUGGAGCGAAUCAAGAAGGGUGACAUUGCUCUGCGCAAGACUGGCCUCAUUGAGAAGGACAAGACCACAGCCAUCGUUGAUCUGCAGAGCAUGCUGAAAAAGACUGCACCCCGUAGACGGCCAAGCAAACUAUUUACGAUAGAAGAAAAUAUGGACGAGGCCACCAAAGAGUUCAUGAACACUAUGAGCAGAAGACGAGCAUUAACAGACAAACAAUCUGGCGUGAAGCAGAAAAAUGGAGGACAGGGCGAGAACCAGAAGAAAUCAAGGUCAACGGCUUGGGGCAAGUCACGCUUCUGAUGCUAACGCAAUGUAGAUGUGAGGAAGUGACUCGUAAGAAUUCAACACACACGAGGGGAAACCUGCAUGACUUUGUAGACAGUUUUAAACCUAGGUAAUGGUACUCUGGAACUGCUGACUGGUUUGACUAGAAUUGGUUCCGCGGCUUCAACAGAAUUCAGUUCAGUACAGUACUGUGCUGGACAUGUCUGGGUUUCUCCCAAUAAGUCUAGUCUCAAAAUUAAGACUUGUCCUAUAUUUGAGAAAACAUCCGUGUCAGCCACUGCAUAGACAAUCUCAAAGGAAGGCAUUUCCAGUUCUGGCUUGCAAAGAAGCCAUCAACUGGGAGCAGGUAAUGGGCUCAAUCCUUGCAUGAUGCAAUCUCUUAUUUCUACAGUUUGUAUCAGAAUUUUCUUCAGUUCUUCAAUGAUUUGUCGACCUUCUUGAGUUAUCAUUUCCAUCAUCAGAGUCCUUCUUGGCUAAGCCCUUUUUCAGGAGUAGUCAGGAGCAGGGGAAACUUGAAAUGUUGAUUCUUUUCCAGCAGAGUUGCAGGAGGAUUUACUGGUCCUAGCUAGUUUGGAUGCUGUACAUUUAUGAUUGCUCGUACUCUUAUGUAUCAUUUUGAAUGAAAUACUGUGUAUUAUUGAAUUAGUGCAAUAGCUUUUAUGUAGACUAUGUUAGAGGAGGAAAAAGUGUACCUGUUGAUUUAAGGCGCAUGUUUUUCUGGUAGAUGCCCAGCACAUGCAUGUAUGGCAACAUGUGAAAAUACAGAAAAUGGUGUUGUGUAUUCAUGUUUAAUGAUACUUGCUGCUGUCUAAUAUGUUAAAGAUGUGUUCAAUAAUCAAAAGUUCCUAGCAUGUACAUGCCAGCUCACCACGUUUUUAGUGGUUAUAUGAUAAGUCAGCUGUAAAAGAGUGACUGAAGUGUUGUCAGAAGAGCAAAUGUUAGAAAAAAUGUUUCUGUUGGAUACUUUUUUCACUCUGUGACCAUAAACCAAAAGAUGAGUUACUUGAAUAGCAAAGUACAGUGUGAAUGUGAAGUACAGAAUGAAUAUACAAAGUAUUUCAUAUAUCUCAGUCCUUAAAAUUAUGAUCACACUUUUUGAGUAAGUGUUUUGUGUACAAUAUUGUACUGGUAUUAAUAAUUACAUUUGGGGAAAACUCAAUUGUGAAAUAAUACAGAUGAGGACAAAAAGUGCUAGGAAGCCAAUAUCUUUGGCAAAGAGUGGAAAAAUACAUUUUGACAAUCAUUGCCUUUCUGUAAAUAUAUAGAUCAGAUCUGUAAAGUAUAUUAUAAAACUGUUUGUUUAUACAUCAAUAUGCUAAAUAUUCUUUGCUUGUCCAUAAGCAAAAUUUGUUGCUAUUGAACUUCAUUUUUUAGUCUUGUUUGCAUGAAGUAUGGGGAUUCACAUCUGAAUACAAUACAGAAAUACCAGACAUGUCAAACCAGAGCAAAGAAACAUGUCAGUUAAAGAUUAAUGCAUUGUAGUUGUGUGCAUACUGGGUUACCAUUGUCUCACCAAAAACAGCUGCAGAGUGGACCAACAGAUUCAUAAUCAUACACCGUCAAUUGUUAUCUUUCUGAGUUAUCUACAGUACUGUUAUUUCUGUUAUGAGUGUAGUAUCACGUUUGUCUACAAUGAUGGUGUACCGCUGAGCAUGUGGCUGGCACUGACAAGCUUUCUCUGAGCAAACAAAGGUCUGGAGGCAUUUUGCCAAUGGCAUUCCAAGAGCUAAGAGCAUUCUGUCCUGGUCGUUGAGUAGAAUACACUGAAGAACAGUAUGGAUUAAACUAGGCAGAUUUUUUCAAUAGUAAUACCAGAAAUUACAUUAGUCUGAGAGGAAAUAAGCUCUGGCCUUUCACUGAUGGAACAGAACUUUUAAAUUAAUACCUUUAAAAGUCAAAAUCGAAUUGUUGCCUUUCAAUGGUGUAGUUUGCUGAUAUAAACCUGGACAUAUUAGAUGGAGAGACGACGGGAUGUUUUAGUCCUCGGACAUAGUUUUUUUCUUUUAAUGUGUGCCAUACAUUUUUUCUUUUAAUGUGUGCCAUACAUGUACAUGUACAUUGUAGAGGGAAUGAAUUAGCAAUAUUAAGGCUUGUUUUCUUCUGGCAUUUGUGCAUAUGAGGCAUAUAUCCUAUCUACAUCCUUUUUAGGCACGUCUUUGUCCUGGGUUUUCAGCAAAUGAAAUCAAAUUUGUUUAUUUUUGUGCCGCCUUUUUCUCCUUUUUUUAAGGAUGUUAAAAAGUAUGGUCUGGGAUACUUCAGGUACAUUUGCAAGGGAGGUCAAAGUUACAAUUAUUAUAUUUCCUCAGAGACUGUAUAUUCUUGUAUUCUGAACCCCAGAACAAUAUUUUGUUCAUAUACAUUGUAAUACCUAUAGUGCCUAUUGUAUCUAAGACUGAAUAAUGCCCUAUGGUACUUAUGGUAAUAGAAUGUAAUGUUACAUGUACUACAUGUAUGUUGGUGGGCUUUUGUGAGCCCAAAUGGUAUGGAGUGGAAAUAAAGGAGAAUGACUUUGAAA